UGUCACAUCACAUGUGUCGAACCAUGAAUAAACAAAUCGAAUUUUUUUGUUGUUGUUUUUAAAACUAGAUUUUUGUUAAUUUGUCCAUCAAGAAUUUGAACAAAACUAGCUACAAUGUCUUCAAGAAAACUCUGGGGAGAAUUCGAAGACAGUGGAAAUGACGAUAACAUUCAGCAAAAUGUUAAUUUCAAUCCAAUUAUUGAACUUGGUAUGCAAAAUAUUCCGGAGAUCCCAAUCACAGUGAAAACAUCUCCAAUCGAGCUGCCGAAGCCGAAUCUGAUCACUCAUACCAUACAGCUACACGCGUGUUCGAGACAAUUAUCAGCUAUCUUGGAGCAGACAGAAAACGCGGUAUUUGAAGGUGCCAGGUUAGAUUCAAUGAGCUUGCCUCCUAUACCACCAGAACCUGUAAUGAAACUUGAACACGAAGCUACUCCGCCUAUCAACUUUCUACAAAAACAGUACUGUGAUUUUUCUCUAGGAAGAGGGCCAGUUAUCCUCCCUUUCACGCCAGAAAGUCACAAACGCGCUUUGCGACAAUGUGCUGCUAUAGCAAUAGGCCACGUCGGUAUUGCAUCAUGUACCAACACAGCUCUGAACGCAGUGGCCGACGCUCUGGACCUCUACAUGACAAACAUGUGCAAAUUAAUGAGGACAGUAGUCGACAAAGAAGCAAGUGGUCUCAACUCUGGUUACCCAGAUGUUAUAUCUAAAGUAUUUGCCGAGUUUAAUGUUGGAAGUUUACAUGACUUUUACAACAAUAGAAUUGUAAGGUAUCAUGCUAGUAUUAAAAAGAGAUGCGAGAACCUAAGAAAUCAAUGUGAAGCUUUGGCGAUAGGAGAUAUAGCCCCGCAACUAAAGUUGGAAGAAGUUCCAGAGUUACACUUUCCUGCGGCUCUAGAUGGGGCCUUCACGCCAUCCCUGGAACCGGGUUUCCAGAUGCUUCACAGUUUGGAACAAGAGCAGUUAGGACUGGACCUCUUGGACACAGUAACAGCAGAUGACAUCAAAAUCGAACCCAUGGAGUUUGCACAGCCUGAAACCAGUGCCAAAAUACCUUCCCUAUCGCCAAGUGCUAAGAAAAAAAGAAAAUAAAUGU